UGUACUUGCGUGCCUUUACGGACGGCUCACGUGCUCCACGCGCGCGCGCGCUCGCACACCGACGCGCGCAGAGCAAACGUGCGCUAUUCACUUCGCUCAGAUCUGCAUCACAGCUGCUCGGAGGAGCGCGCGGGUUCCUUCGGUGCCAAACGCACGCCGGCGCGCGCACUUCACCUUUCAGACGUCGUCGGUGUCGUUUCUGGAUCUCUGCUGAGCACGUGAAGUCGUUCUGGAUUCGGGUCUCUGUCCCUGAUCACACAGGCAAGAUUAUAUAUGUGUUUGUUUUCUAAUGAGCAGGAUGACGUGAGAACGGAGAAAUGUUGGUGAAGCGUUAGCUGGAGUUCCGGUAAGUGGCACACAAACUAACUUAGGGCUUUUUUUUGGCUGUACGACUCGUACAGUACGAGGUCUUACCGAGAAUCACCGUGCACGAGACAAAGCAAUGAUGGUCGCGCGCCGGCGAUGCCGCGUAGGAGAACUUGUGCCCAAAGUGAGCACCGACUAAGGAGUGCACAUGGAAGUCGCCAUGUUGUCGUGCAACACCACAGCGAUCAAAGACUGGAGCUUCUUCCUGUCUCACAUCCUGCCGCUUGUCAACCGGUCGGCUGGGCUCGUGCACCGCGGCGUGGAGGAGGCGGAGGCGGUCACAGUGGCCGUGGUGACCGUAGCGCUCGAGCCAGCCAGCCGCGCGCCCCCGGACUCCAACCACACGGAGCACGUGUACCAGUACUCGUACUCGGAAGGUGAUGUGCUUGUGCACGGUGGGCGCGAGCCACCCGACCGGGAGCCCAUUCCGCUGCCAAAAGCCGUGCUGUACCUACUGAUGGCGGCGCUGGUAGUGGUGCUGGUGGCCUACGCCAUAGUGGGGCAUCUGGUCAAAGAUCUGCUGCACGAGUUUGUUGAGUGGGUGUUUGGGCUUCGUUCGGCGAACCGCAGAAGUAAAAGCGACGUGAGCUGCAUCACGGCCGGCGGCAGCGAGAUGAACGAACUCCCACGGCUGCUGGACACAAACUACGCUGCCCACAAUCACUCAGGCUGCUCCAGCGCUGUGAAGCCUGAAGAACUGGUGGUGAACAUCGAUGAACCUUUACACCACCCUGCUCCACCUCACACCGCUCACAGCUCUCGCUCACACACACUCCACCAUUUCGAUUUGAUCCUUCACCGUAAAGAUGGAGGGAGCGAGAGUGAGGAGGGGAAAUUUACUGUGAGGAAAUAAGGUGUGAUGUUACAGGGAUCUGAGCUACACACACACUCGCUACACACUGACUACACACACUCGCUACACACUCGCUACACACUCGCUACACACUGACUACACACACUCGCUACACACUCGCUACACACACUCGCUACA